AUGUCCCGUUGCAUGCUCCGUACCUUUCCCCUGUUUCUGGAUGCAUUGAAUAGUAAUGGUGGUAAUAAUAAUCAUAUUCUUUCUGCUGGUAUUUGCUGUGUUGCAGAUCUGUGUGCGAUAGACCAGCAGCUCUGUGAGGAUGAGAACGCUCUGCUGAGUUUCGAGGCGAUCUGCAGCAUCCACAAGCUGAUGGACGACGACGCCGAUGGCUCGGUGGACACGACGGAGACGGACGGGUUUCUCAGGGAGGAUCUGAAGUCUCACGACUCCAAAGCCAAACACAGCAGCUUCCACCGAGCCGACCUGCACAUCAGCGUGGAGGACAUGUGGGCGGCCUGGAAGAGCUCCGGAGUGUAUAACUGGACGGUGCAGCAGGUGGAGGACUGGCUGUGUGUCAGCGUGGAGCUUCCUCAGUACGCAGAAACCUUCAGGAAGCUCCAGCUGGACGGGAAGGCCUUACCCAGGUACAGGACUACAGCUCCCAUCAUGCCUUGGGGGGGGGGGGGGCUCUCGUUUUACCUUUAG